GAGACCACAGCAAUGCGGGGAUAAGGCUGAGGCUGCCUGCCUGCUCCUUCUCUCCAGGAGACUAACUCAGGUGAUGGACUUUUAUUCAUCUUGUUCAUAAUGCGCAGGAGGAGCUCAGUGCUGCAGCUGUCACGGGUUUAAAGCUGUCUACCUAGCAGAGGGAGGUCGGUGUGGACAGAUCCUAACUCCUCCGAGCAGCUCCUCAACCGGAUCUCACGUCCGACCUGGACACAUUUUUUGCUGCAUUCACGAUGAUCUGAGCGUGACUUCUGAGCUCUGAGUGGAGGCAUCCCUCCUCUCUCUCUCUCUCUCUCUCUCUCUGCUCCCGCCCCCCCUCUCUGCCUUUCUUUCUCUCCUUUCUCUCCGUGGGUUCAGCACCGGCUGCCCAGUCACUCAGCCCCGUUUGUUGCAGCGCUGGGGAAGCUCGGAGCGAUGGGACGACUCGGCUUCAGCACCACGGAGAGCGCCAGACUUCUGCUGUGUGCUGUGCUCGCGCUGUCCGUGGUGCUGGCGGAGCAGGAGGGGGAGAACCUGUCCGGUCUCUCUACCAACCCGGACAAAGCCAUCUUCGCGGUCCGGGAGAAUGGCACGACAUGCCUGAUGGUGGAGUUUGCCGUGAAAUUCCUCGUGCCAUAUGACGUGCUCGCGCUCAACGGGAUAGACCUGAUCACAGAGCAGGCGUCGUUCAUGUUGCCCCGUAAUGCAGAAAUCGAGGGGAAAUGUGCGAGCACGGAGUCAGAGAUCCACAUAUCCUGGAAGAACAAAGCCUACACUCUGCGCAUCUACUUCUCCAAGGAGUUCCGGGAGAAAAGCGUCGAGGUGUGGAAGAUUAGCAAGGUCCAGUUCGUCUACGACACCUCUGAGACAUCACAUUUCAUCAACGCAUACAACCCUGGGAAGCACACAGCCAGCACCCACCGCCUGUCAGCCCUGGUGACACCCGGCGGGCGCUCCUAUGUGUGCACGGCACAGCAGACCCUCACCCUCAUCUCCAGCGACCACCAGAAGGGUGUCACCGUGUCCAUGUAUGACAUCCAGAUCCAACCUUUCGACAUCGCCUCCGACUUCAUGUUCAGUGAACCCUAUAAAUGCAUCACGGACCAGCGGGAGCGCCUGGAGGAGACCCUCCCCCUCAUCCUAGGCUUCAUCUUAGGCCUCAUCAUCGUCAUCACACUCACCAUCUACCACUUCCACCUGAAGCUGACUGCGAGCCAGCCGCAGCUCCCCCGAGAUCGCUCCAUGUACAAAAACAUGUAGCAGACGGCUCCCUCAAAGCUAAACCAAUAGUAAAGACUUCUUUCUCCUGAUGUCCCGGGCCUGAAACACCAGAGGAGUGUGCUGUAAGAUGGACUGAAUCCUUGACAGAGAAGCGUGGGUCGCCUUUACUGCAGGACAGCUGGAAACAUGGGAACGGUUUGAGGCCUAGUUUGAAGGGUAAAACCACAAAAACCUGACUCUCCUGACAGCCCAAUCUAAACUCAAUGUCAUCAAAUCACAUCUGCAUAGCAUCAAUGAAAAAUGUCAUGAAAAUAAACACAUGAAUUUAUGCUUUUAUGACAAUACGGUUGAUCUUUGUUCAGAUUGGUGUUGCUUUUUCAUUUGAAGACCAACGUUUGAGUCUGAAGUGCGUCUAUUUUUCCAGUGAUCAUUAUUUAAUCCAUCUUCUAUUUGAAGAAAAGCCAGAAAUUGUCAAAGCUUGUGCCGUUAUCUGUCCACAGUUUGUUGUCUUCUCCUCUUUCUCUCUCUCAAACUGCUGCUAAAUGAUUCACACUCUUAUUGUUGAUUCUGUACUUGCUGAUCUUGAUACUCGUUUACGUUCAGGAGCCCUUUUGUUUCAUUUUUGAAUGCAGCCAUAUCUAGUGUUUCUCAGUGGAGCAGUCUUGUAGUGUGUGCAGUGCAGUGGCAUUCAGAUUUGCUGUCUUUGCUUUGAUUCUUUUCUCCAUGCCGAUGAAUGGUACAAAAAGAAAGAAAUACUAAAAGAUCUGAGAAAAUUCUGUGUUAAAGAAUUGAUCAGAAUGCCAUAUGAGAGUGUUGAUGAACAUACAGAGAGGUUAUUCAAUGAAAUAAAGUCUAUGUGUAUCAUAUUUUCAGAAUCUA